GGCGUAACCUCAGUGGUUCUCUCUGGCUGAGUACUGAGGUAUUCUGCCAUCGCGUCGAGGCGCAAGAAGGUUCCAGAUAAAAGCUAACCUGUUAUUGGAUCGAGACCCUGUAACUCCGGUUCGAGUAUCAGUCCUUCACUGCUCCGUGUGACGACUAGCGUUGUGUUUAUGUCUUUAUUUUACGGAAACGAGCUGUUGCGCAGCUGUUGGAACGCGAGCGGUGUAAACCUAGACCUCGAGCAAGGAUCUUGUAGCCACUGUGGCAAAAUCUUUUUCAUGUCAGAGACCGAGCACGCUUUCAGUUGUUUAUGUCAUCCCGUCUUCUCAAGACAGAAAAUACCCAAAAAUCCUUAUCCGAGAUCUUUUUGUCUUGCUGAUAGUACCACAGGCUAUUCAAAAUGUCUGUCAACGUCAACCGCAAUGUGUUGGAUCAGUUCUAUCGCUACAAGAUGCCCCGUCUGAUUGCCAAGGUGGAGGGCAAAGGAAAUGGAAUCAAGACUGUCAUUGUCAACAUGGUUGAUGUGGCAAAGGCACUAAAUCGGCCUCCAACAUAUCCAACCAAGUUUUUUGGCUGUGAGCUAGGGGCGCAGACCCAGUUCGACUCGAAGAAUGAUCGCUACAUUGUGAACGGCUCCCAUGAAGCCAAUAAACUACAGGACAUGCUGGAUGGAUUUAUUCGCAAGUUUGUGUUGUGUCCUGAGUGUGACAAUCCCGAGACUGACCUACAUGUUAAUCCAAAGAAACAGACCAUUGGAAAUUCUUGUAAGGCCUGUGGGUAUCGGGGCAUGCUUGACACUCGCCACAAACUCUGCACUUUUAUUCUUAAAAAUCCACCAGAGAGUGACAGCGGAUCUGUGAAGAAGGAGAAGGAAAAGAAGAAUCGGAAAAAGGACAAGGAAAAUGGCUCAGGCAGUGGUGAUACUGGAAACCAUAGUGACAUUGAUGCACCACAAGCUGUGGAUGAUAAAGAUGAUGAUGAUGAUUGGGCUGAAGAGACCACUGAAGAGGCCCAGCGUCGCCGAAUGGAGGAGAUCAGUGACCAUGCUAAAAACCUGACUCUCUCUGAUGAUCUGGAGAAAACCCUGGAGGACAGAGUGAAUAUAUUCUACAACUUUGUCAAACACAAGAAAGAAAAUGGCACUGUAGAUUCGGCAGACAAGGAGAUUCUGGCUGAAGCAGAGCGACUUGACGUGAGGGCCAUGGGACCGUUAAUCCUAAGUGAACUGCUAUUUAACGAGAAUAUUAGAGACCAGAUUAAGAAAUACAAACGCCACUUUCUGCGUUUCUGCCAUAAUGACAAAAAGGCUCAAAAGUAUCUGCUAGGAGGAUUUGAGUGUGUGGUGAAGCUGCACCAGACACAGUUGCUACCCAGAGUUGCCGUCAUACUUAAGGACUUGUAUGAUGCUGACUUGCUGGAGGAGGAUGUCAUCCUUACAUGGGCUGAGAAGGUGUCCAAGAAAUAUGUCUCUAAAGAGCUGGCCAAAGAGAUUCAUGCCAAGGCUGCUCCUUUUGUCAAAUGGCUAAAGGAGGCAGAAGAGGAGAGUGAGGGAAGUGAAGAAGAGGAGGAAGAAGAAGAUCACAAAAAUGUGGAGGUUGUGUACUCUUCUUCAGCUCGUGAGCUAAAAGUGGAGACGAUCCAGCCAGAAAAAACUGAAGAGGAGGAUGAUCUUGAUAUUGAUGCUAUUUAAAGAAAUUAUACAACUUUCACAGCCAAUUAAGAACUUCUACCAUUUCUUAUUUCCUAAUAAUUGUAAUCAUGUAUCCUAGCAGCCUCUUACAUCCCACCCUCUUUGCAUUUCUUUCUCAGAUACUAAGGCAUGGUUUAAUAUGGCUCUUUUUGUGUCUAGCUCUUUUAAAAUGUUGGGUUUAAAUUCUCUAUAUAUUGAGCAAAUUGAAUUAAUGUUAUUUUUUCUUUUUGAUUUAAUUGGUUGUAAUUAUUAUGAUUUCUGUCAUUUAAUAAAGUUUGUUUUUACUUCA